UCAACAUGCUCGACGGCGUCCUGCAGCCUCUCAUCGCCAAUGCGACUUCCUCUAUCGUUAUCUUGUCACUCACGCUGCUCCUAGCGUAUCUAUGCUACGCUCUAUUCUCCCAUCCACUCUCUCAUAUCCCGGGGCCUCUCCACCGACGGCUCUCCUCCAUCCCGCUCCUCGUAUCCAAUUAUCGCGGCACAGAAUCCAGCCAAGCAGCCAGCCUUCACGCCAAAUACGGCCCCAUUGUUCUGCUAGGACCCAAUGACGUCCACAUCAACGACGGCGGUGCUAUUGCGCCCAUCUACGUUGAAAAGGGCGGCUUCCGCAAGGCUCCGUAUUACCACAGCACCGACAUCGACGGGCUGCAGACCAUUUUCAGCACCACAGACCCGGAGUAUCGUGCUGUGCGAGCCAAAGCUGUAGCGCCCAUAUUCGCCACCAGUAAGAUCCAGAGUGACGGCGCUCGGAUCUUGCACGACUGUGCAGACGAUUUUGUAGCUGCACUGAAGAAGGCCAAGAAUGGGGUACAUGAGAUUGAUCUGAUUGAUCUCGCGAGACGCUACUCCCUCGAUGCCAUGUCGGGAUAUGUGUUUGGAAAACGGUAUGGCGCAUUCACCGACUACACUGGGACCGAGACGCUCUCCGCGACCCCAUACGUCAAUUUCAUCCAGGCCUUUACCCGCUUCUUCCUGGUCCCGAACUGGAUUUUGGGAUACCUGCUCGCCUUCCUAGGCUCAGUAUAUCCCAACCAGGAAUUCGAGACGUCCACAGAGAAAGUCACCUCCUACGUCCAGAGCCUGGUCGACGAAGCGAAGCAGGGCGGCGGCAAGGACACUUUCCAGAAGAGACUGCUAGACGUCGGCAUCUCCGAGGCUGAGACGAUGGUUCAGUGCGAAGACGCCAUUUUCGCUGGUACGGAUGCUCCGGGCACGACUCUGGGCCUCCUCGUGUGGAAUUUGGUCAAGCAGCCUGAGUAUAUUCGGGGUCUGCGCCACGAGCUCACCGACGGUCCUAUGGGCAACAUGUCACUACUCCGAGCUACCGUUCAAGAGGGCAAUCGAACGUCGCUCGCAAACCCCGUUCGCCUCCCACGCAUCGUUCCCCCCCAAGGAUGGACGUACACUCCCUCAGCCGGUGGGAAGAAAUCCUACCAUGUCCCAGCAGGCACAGCGGUAGGGAUCUCCGCCUACUCGCUCCAUCUAAACGAGACCACUUUCCCAUCACCUCACGAGUUCAAUCCCAGAAGGUGGGUGGAGAACGGGCAAAGCAUAGCCACAAGGGAGAUGAAUCGCGAUCUAUUCGCUUUUGGCGCCGGGUCCAGACAGUGCAUAGCGCAGAACCUAGCGAUGGAGGAGAUGUUCGUUGUAAUCAGACGACUUGCCGAGAGCGAAGUGCUGACUGGUGCGCAAGUGGUGUGCGAGGAGGUGCGAUUGGGAGAAUGGUUCAAUACGAGGCUGAGGGACGGAUGCAAUCUGAAGAUUCGCUGGACAGUGUGAUUGCCAUGUGCUUGGAGGGCGUUAUUAUUCAGCCAUCACAAAUAGACUCGCAUCUUCAAUCAAUGGAGAGAUUGUGCU